AUGGUUGCUUUACCGGGAUACACACUGCACAGAUGUGAUAGAACUGGACGUCAGGGUGGCGGAGUUGGCCUCUAUCUGCGCGACUCUAUUAUCUGUAGUAUAAUAGAGCAGUCUACUACGGAGAAUAACCUUCGCAAACCCGAGUUUAUCGUGGUGGGUUUCUGCCAUUCUGUGAUACUUGGAGAUUUUAAUGCUGAUAUGGCUGUGAACACAUACGACAGUGUGCAACUAUCCACAUUUAUAACUUCCUCUAGCAUGUAUCUAGUGCCUUUUGAAACUACGCAUCACUUAAAGAACUCUAGCACUUUUAUUGACUUAUGCAUUGUGGAUGAUGCAUUAAAACUUAAACAUUUCGCCUUUAUUUUGGAAAUUAGUGGACACAACUGGACUGACCUGUUGACAUCUACCAACAUAGAGGAAAAAGUGGAUAUUCUUAAUCAUACUCUCAUACGUUAUUUAGAUAAACAUGCACCUCUGCAAAGAAUUAAGUUUAAGAACCUACCAGCGCCGUGGUUAACUGAUGAAAUAAAAAGAGCAAUGCAACAAAGAGACAAACUCAAGCGAGCUUGGCGCAGAAACAGAAAUUGUGCAAGCUACGAGAAUUUUAGAGUUAUGAGAAACCAUGUUCAAAACAUUGUCCGUACAGCUAAAAAAGAAUAUUAUCUAUCUGUUUUCAACCAGCGUGACAAUCCUAAUUUAAUAUGGAGCAGGUUAAGACAUCUGGGUUUGAUUAAGGCAAAGAGUACUAAACCUCUUGUCUGCAAUGUUGAUGAAAUCAAUUUGUUCUUUGCAGGCACAACUGACUCGCAGAAUGUUGACUCUUUGGAAACAACUAAUGCAAAUUGCUCUUCGAAAGAUGACUUUAACGAAAACAAAUUAUUUUUUAAAUAUGUGCUACCUGCAACUAUUACAAAGGCCUUUGCCAGAAUUACGUCUAAUGCUAUUGGUUCUGAUGGUAUUUCUGCUGGAGUAAUAAAAAUAGUGCUACCGUAUCUAAUGCCUGUAUUUGAGAACAUCUACAACUUUUCAUUGAUGGAUGGAAGUGUUCCUAAGAUCUGGAAGUCUGCCUUAAUCACUCCAAUACCGAAAAUCGAACAUUUAACUGCUGUACAACACUACAGGCCCAUUGCAAUUUUGCCUACUAUCUCCAAGGCUCUUGAAAGGAUAGUCUCGGACCAAAUAAUUAAAUAUUUGACGGAAAACAAUUUAUUAGAUCCUUACCAGUUUGCGUAUAGGAAAAACUCGUCAACUCAGACGUGUGUCAUCAGAAUGCUUGAAGACAUUAGGUAUGCUGCUGAUAACAGGAAAGUCACUGUCUCAAUAUUCUUUGACUUCUCUAAAGCUUUUGACAGGGUUCAGCACAAUAUACUCAUAAACAAACUUAAAAUGAUGGGUUUCUCCUGGGUGAUACUCUAUUGA